AUGACCGUUAGACUCCGAUAUCUGGCGCUGUUACUCGGAAUUCUAUGGAUCGCCCUAUCUCACUCUGUCCCAGUCGCCUCCGCCAAGAACCCGCUUUACAUCGUCCGCCUCCGCUCCGCGCCUCCGCUCACCGCGUAUCGCGGCGGGAUUCCCGGAUACCCCGCGACCGCGGUGUGGGCCGAUGACCCCGACGACGACGGCGACGGAGGCGAUUCGUCUGACGGGCUUAUCGCCACGUCCGCAAAUGCCGCCGUCACUGCCGCCGCGACUGCCGCCGAGACUGUAGCCGCAACCGCCGCAAUCUUGAACAUCUCCAACGGACCCUUCGCCACCGCAGCGUCCGCUGGCGUCUCCGCCGCCGCCGCCGCCGCCGCGGGGGGGAACCAGCGUCCGCGCAUCAACAUGCGCGCGGCGCACGUGACGGCGUUCGCGCAGCUGCUGCAGCGGCAGCAGGCGCAAGUUGCGGCGGACGCGGAGGUCGCGGCGGGUCAAGUCCUCUAUAACUUCCGCCACACCACCAACGGGUUCGCGGCACCGCUCACGCCCGCGCAGCUGCGGAGGUUAAGGCGGCACCCGUCCGUCGCGUCGGUGCGGCGGAGCCGCGUGUUCCGCAAGCUGACGACGUCGUCACCCACGUUCUUGGGAUUGCCGGGCAGCGUGUGGCCCGCCGUGGGCGGGCGCAGCAAGGCGGGCGCGGGGAUGGUGAUUGGGAUCGUCGACACGGGUGUGUGGCCGGAACACCCGUCGUUCAGUGGAGGGGUGAGUGAAGAUGAGAGGCUUCGCAGCAGCGCGCCCGGCAGGGUGGGCGGGAACGUACCAGAAGACAUCCGAUUUCUCCUCCUGCGGCAACAAGCUCAUCUUCUCUCCUUCACCCUCCCCCCUCCUCCCCCCUCCUCCCCCCUCCUCCUCCCUCUGCAGGGCUUCGCAGCAGCGCGCCCGGCAGGGUGGGCGGGAACGUGCAAGAAGACAUCCGAUUUCCCCGCGUGCAGCAACAAGCUCAUCGGCGCGCGCUACUUCGUCUCGGGCUUUCAAAGCGAGAACGGCCGCCCGGACCUCACGUACGACUGGCUGUCCCCUCGCGAUGCUGCUGGCCACGGCACCUGGUGUGCGGGAGCUGCAGCGAGCAACAGCGGCGUGUCAUUUGGCCAGGCUGGCACGGCAUCAGGCAUGGCGCCAGCAGCGCGCCUGGCGGUCUACAAGGUCUUCUGGACGAGCUACGGCGACCAGUUUGCUACAGAGGCGGACAUAAUCGCCGCCACCAACCAGGCUGUAGCGGACGGUGUGGAUGUGCUCUCGCUCUCCCUGGGCGGCAGCAGUGCUGACGCGACCUAUUUCGACGACAUUCCGUUUCUGAAUGCCAACACGGCGGGCGUGUUUGUGGCGUUUGCGGCGGGCAAUUCCGGGCGGCCGAGUAGCGGGAGCAGCUUCAGCAGAUAUCGCACCAUCAGCAACUUCUCUCCAUUCUACCUCACAGUGGGGGCCAGCACCAUCCAACGAGGGGGUGUGUCUCUCGCCAGACGGGCUCCGACCAGAAAAGCCGCUUCUGCGGGCAAAGCUGCUGUGGCCGCUUCAAACCACUCUAGGUAUACUGUUGUGCACAGGUUUGGGACUGACUCCUCACGCCUUCCCCGUUCCCCCUCCACGCCCUCCCUUUCUUUCCCCUCCGCGCCCUCCCUUUCUUUCCCCUCCGCGCCCUCCCUUUCUUUCCCCUCCACGCCCUCCCUUUCUUUCCCCUCCACGCCCUCCCUUUCUUUCCCCUCCACGCCCUCCCUUUCUUUCCCCUCCACGCCCUCCCUUUCUUUCCCCUCCACGCCCUCCCUUUCUUUCCCCUCCACGCCCUCCCUUUCUUUCCCCUCCACGCCCUCCCUUUCUUUCCCCUCCACGCCCUCCCUUUCUUUCCCCUCCACGCCCUCCCUUUCUUUCCCCUCCACGCCCUCCCUUUCUUUCCCCUCCACGCCCUCCCUUUCUUUCCCCUCCACGCCCUCCCUUUCUUUCCCCUCCACGCCCUCCCUUUCUUUCCCCUCCACGCCCUCCCUUUCUUUCCCCUCCACGCCCUCCCUUUCUUUCCCCUCCACGCCCUCCCUUUCUUUCCCCUCCACGCCCUCCCUUUCUUUCCCCUCCACGCCCUCCCUUUCUUUCCCCUCCGCGCCCUCCCUUUCUUUCCCCUCCACCAGCACAACGCAAUCUACCCCAUCCGCAACGCCCUCCCCCACCACCAAACCCACCACCCAAAGCAACCCCACCACAACCGCCACAUCUCCCCGCCGCACCGCCGCCACCGCCGCCCCCGUUGUCGCCUCCUUCUCCUCCUCGGGCCCUCUCGUCCGCCCAUGGACCGUCUCCCAAGGCGCCCAGGCCACCAACGCCAUCUUAAAGCCCGACAUUGUCGGUCCAGGGGUUGCUCUCUUCUCCGCGUGGGUCGGCUCUGACGUGGGCGAUAAGGGCAGCUACGCGCAGCUGUCGGGGACGUCGAUGGCGACGCCUCACUUGGCGGGCAUUGCUGCUCUCAUCAUGCAGAAGUAUCCCAAGUGGAGCCCCGCGCAGGUCAUGUCGGCCAUUAUGACCACCGCCAAGACCACCAACACGGCAGGAACUGCCAUUAAGAACGCAUACGGAUCGGUGGCAACGCCUUGGGAGAUCGGCGCGGGCCAUGUGUUCCCGCCCAAGGUUCUCGACCCAGGGCUUACAUAUGACGCCAGGCAAGCCCAGUACCGGAAUUUUCUCGCUGGGAUGAGCCUUUCAACGGCUCAGUUGGAGUUUCCCGGGGCUAAUCUAUCGCCCAUAGCUCCCCGGAAUCUCAACCGGGCCAGCAUCUCGGUUGCGCGGUUGCGAGGGUCUGUGGUGGUUAAGCGGAUCGUUACAAAUGUCGCAGCUUCUGCUUCGACGUAUACGGCUGCUGUUGUCGCUCCUGCUGGGGUGUCUGUGACUGUGACUCCCAAGAGCUUCACUAUACAAUCAGGAGCAAGGGUGGUGUAUAAAGUGAAUUUGAAGGUUACUAGAGUCUAUGAGAACUUCCAAUUCGGAAGCAUUACUUGGACGGACGGUAAGGGGCACUCGGUUAGGUCUGUGCUUGCUGUACAGCCGUCAGUCUUAGCUUAG